AUGCCUUCGACCGCUUCGUCAGCAGCUGCGAAAAAGACAACAUCAAUGAAGUCUUUACAAACAAAACUCCGAGGCUUGCAAACAUCACUUUCCAACAUUGCUAAAUUCAUCCAAGCGAUGGAUGCAAACACUAAGACCAGUCAGGUAACAGUUCGUCUUGGGCGUUUAGAUGAUCUUUGGGAAAAAAUCGGCGACGUCAUCAACGAGAUAGAGUCUCACGAGGAAUAUGAAUCAGAAGAAGAUUCACUUACCAAAGAGAGGAUACUCUUCGAAGAUCGGUAUUAUGAGAUGAAGGCAUCUUUGAUAGAUCGGAUCAAGGAGCGUCGAGAACCUGGUACAUCGGAACAGACCAUUCGGGGAGCUGAACCCACACUGGUGUCAUCGGGAGAGCAUGUACGGCUACCGCAAAUAAAAUUGCAGAGCUUUGAUGGCGAUAUUGACGAAUGGCUCAGCUUCAGAGACCUUUUCACGUCACUCAUACAUUGGAAAGCUGAUUUAUCGGAAGUGGAAAAGCUACACUAUCUCAAGGGAUGUCUCGAGGGAGAAGCCAAGGCAUUAAUUGAUCCAUUGAAGCUAACUAAGGGAAACUACACUAUCGCUUGGGAAACGCUACUCAAGCGAUAUAACAACAGUAAACUGCUUAAACGGAGGCAAGUGCAAGCUUUCUUUAAGCUGCCGGUUAUAUCAAAAGAGUCGUCAUCGGAACUCCAUAAGCUGCUGGAAGGGUUUGAUAGAAUCACUCAAACCUUGGAUCAAGUCAUUGAACCUGGUGACUACAAGGAUCUUUUGCUAAUUGAGACUCUCAGCUCGAGGCUGGAUACCUACACCCGGAGGGGAUGGGAGGAACUGUCCUCUACUAAAGAAAAGGACACUCUCAAGGAUUUAACAGAAUUUCUUCACCGUAGAAUACGGAUAUUAGAAGCUAUACCCACUAAAAACACUGAUCCAAAACCAGAAGUAAUACCAGCGCCGAAGAAAAGGCCGUUUACCAUACGGGCCAGUCACAAUGCGAUACAAUCGUCAACUCCGAAAUGCUUUGCAUGCUCGGAUAGUCAUUGGUUACAUUUGUGUCCGACGUUUCAGCGUAUGGCAGUGGCUGGCCGGGAAACAUUAUUGCGCACACACUCGCUGUGCAGAAAUUGCUUCAGAAAGGGUCACCAGGCAAAGGAUUGUUCGUCUAAAUUUUCGUGCAAAAGAUGCAAUGGUCGGCAUCACACAAUGGUUUGUUUUAAGACGGAAGCAGAUAGCAGUAAUAAAUCUUCUCAGGUGGGAGAGACAUCGGCCACCCAGCAAAGCAAGGAAGCGGCGCUGACUGAAAUGAAACCGAAUACAAGGGUCGGUAAUGUCGCUGCUGUGAAGGUAACAGCCAAUGUUGCACAGCAGCUUGAUUCAAGGGUACUUUUAGCUACUGCGGUAAUUAUCAUCGAGGAUGAUCAUGGUGUGCGGCAUACAGCGCGCGCCCUUUUAGAUUCAGGAUCAGAAUGCAAUUUUGUUUCGGAAAGAUUGUGCAAACAAAUGCACGUUGCCAAGGAAAGGGUAGAAAUCUCUGUCGUUAGAAUUGGUGCAGCUUCCGUUAGGGUGAAGCAUACGAUCCGCGUGAACAUCAGAUCGCGAAACUCAACAUUUACCGAGGUUAUGGAUUUCUUAGUAUUACCAAAAUUGACAUCAAAAUUGCCUACUGCAACGGUACAGACUAUGGGAUGGGUUAUACCACAAGAGAUCGAACUAGCGGACCCGUCAUUCUUCGUUUCGAAUAGUGUGGACAUCAUACUUGGCAUCCAAUCGUUCUUCGGUUUCUUUCGGACUGGCAAGGCAAUGUCAUUAGGAGAGGGACUACCACGGUUAACAGAAUCCGUUUUUGGUUGGAUAGUAUCCGGAGAGGCUGCGACACUGACUAAUUCGACGCAGAUCACCUGCAAUAUCGCGAUAUCUGACAAACUGGAGGAGAUGAUGGAAAGGUUUUGGUCCUGCGAGGAAGUAGGAGAUACCCAUAAUUAUUCCCCUGAAGAAAGUCGUUGUGAGGAACAUUUUAGUACCACUGUCCACCGAGGGUCGGAUGGACGAUAUACGGUUUCACUUCCAAAAAACGAAGACAUUUUGGCACGGUUGGGAGAAUCUAAGGACAUUGCGCUUAAACGUUUUAUCGGAUUAGAACGGCGAUUAUCUCGGGAUGAAAACUUACGGAAACAAUACCACGAAUUUAUCUCAGAAUAUUUGGAACUUGAUCACAUGCGUAAAAUUGUUGAUGACGGCACACCCGGAAUUAAAAGAUGUUUUCUGCCUCACCACCCAGUUGUGAAGGAAGAGAGCACCACUACGAAGCUUCGUGUGGUGUUUGAUGCGUCCUGCAGGACUUCUACAGGGAUUUCUGUGAAUGAGGCUCUACUAGUGGGUCCGGUUAUUCAGCAGGAUCUACGAUCAAUUGUUCUUCGUUGCAGAAUGCGUCAAAUCAUGCUCGUUUCGGACGUCGAAAAAAUGUUUCGGCAAAUAAGAAUAAACCCAGCUGAUGCUCCUCUCCAAAGUAUUUUAUGGCGGUUCAGAGAGGAAGAUGAGGUGGAAACGUAUGAGUUAAGGACAGUUACAUACGGUACGAAACCGGCACCGUUUUUAGCAACGCGAACACUUAAGCAGCUAGCGAUAGAUGAAGCGGAACGUUAUCCUCUGGCAGCAAACGUUAUUGAAAACGAUGUCUGCAUGGACGAUGUGAUUACAGGCGCCGAUGAUGUCGAAACAGCUACAAGGCUGCGAUUGCAACUGGAUGCAAUGCUGGAAAGUGGAGGAUUCCGAUUGAGGAAAUGGGCAUCGAACUGUGUAGCAGUAUUGAAGGAUAUUCCGAAAAACAAUUUGGCGCUCUCAGAGGCAAAUGGCAUCAGCUGGGAGCAGGAUUCUGCAGUUAAGGCUUUAGGUUUAACUUGGUUACCAAAAUCAGACACGUUAAGGUUUAGUUUCGUCAUUCCCGAGCUGGCGCCAGAUCAAACACUAACCAAAGGUCCUUUCGAUUAUUGCAUCGUUGUUUGA